CCGCCGUCGCUCAUCAUUUCCCGGACCACCUGUUCGAUCGGUCCGACGUUUCCGGGUGUGAUUUUUAUGCGCUCCCACAGUUUACCGUAGUCGUUUACCGCCGCCGUCGUAGUAAUAACUACCGCGAGUCCGUUCAAGUAUUUUAGUAUUCGUAGAUGAAAAAAAAUCCCUCGUUAAAUUCUCGAGUGAAUUUAAUUUUGCCAUAAGUAAUACUUUUGUUAUUUUAUUUGUCUUUUCGAUGUUUAAAAAUGACGGACGUCGAGUCCAAGCGAUUUUCGAGUGCGCGUAAACCGCUUUGCAUUUGUUGUCGCCGAUCACAACACCGACGACUAUGCUAUUGUCAGAAACAACCGGUUGACUAGGACGGAACGGCCUGGUGGUUCAGUGAUGUUGGGUGGCGUAGUUGGUAGACACAUGAGUAUAAGGAGAAGGGAAAGCUCCCCAUCGGUUCCCUAUGCUGGGGGCCCGGGGAGCCCCCGAUAUAGAAGAAGGAGACGGGCUGUGACAACUUCAGAUCAUAAAACAUGUGCACUCAUCCAGACAAGAAUCAAACUGGGCGAUAUAAUCAUGUUGGCGGCGGAGAAGGAAGUCGCGGCGGCCGCGGGACGUGACUGCACCGGGUCGGCGGGUACUACCGCCGGCAUGGGGAGACCACGUUCCCAUCAUCACCACCACCACCACCACCAGCAGGCGGACGCACCUCCAGGGCCAUCGUCCUUGUUCCUAUUCAGCGCUGACAACCCUGUCCGCCGGUAUACUAGAUUCAUCAUCGAAUGGCCUCCAUUCGAGUAUGCUGUGCUAUUAACUAUUAUAGCCAACUGCGUGGUGUUGGCACUGGAGCAACAUUUGCCUAAAUCAGACAAGACUGUACUUGCUAAGACUUUGGAGGCAACUGAACUCGUUUUUCUAGCGAUUUUUUGCGCCGAAGCGACUCUCAAAAUAUUAGCUUUAGGUUUUUUACUGCACAGCGGCUCAUAUCUUCGUAAUAUAUGGAACAUUAUGGACUUUUUUGUAGUUGUAACAGGGUCAAUGACUGAAUUCAUGGAGUCCAACAUGCUGGACAUGAGGAUGUUGAGGUCCUUUCGGGUGCUCAGGCCUUUGAAACUGGUUUCGAGAAUUCCAAGUUUGCAGGUCGUAUUGAAGUCCAUUAUCAAGGCUAUGGCACCGCUGCUUCAGAUAGGCUUGUUGGUGUUGUUUGCAAUCAUCAUAUUUGCCAUUAUAGGACUAGAGUUUUAUUCUGGGGCGUUGCACAAGACUUGCUAUAAGUUAGACGAUCUGAUGGCAAUAGAAAACGAGGGACCGUCUCCAACACCCUGCAAUUCAGACUCGGACGCAAGUGAAAGCACAAAAGCGACCAAUGCGUAUUUUUGUCCAAGUGAAACUUCCACAUGUAUUGAAAACUGGGUAGGACCCAAUUAUGGAAUCACAUCGUUCGAUAACAUCGGACUCGCUAUGCUCACAGUAUUCCAAUGCAUUACUAUGGAAGGAUGGACUACUAUUUUGUAUUGGAUGAAUGACGCAUACGGUGUGCUGUUCAAUUGGAUAUAUUUUGUACCACUUAUAAUUUUAGGUUCAUUUUUUAUGCUCAAUUUAGUUCUUGGUGUUCUUAGUGGAGAAUUUGCUAAAGAAAGAGAAAAAGUCGAAAACCGUCAAACGUUUUUGAAAUUACGACGGCAGCAACAGCUAGAACGUGAGCUCAAUGGUUAUGUAGAGUGGAUUUGCAAAGCCGAAGAGGUAAUUCUAGCUGAAGAACGAACCACCGACGAAGAAAGGCGACACAUUAUUGAAGCGAGAAAAAGAGCUGACAUAAAGAAAAGAAAACUAAAAACCUUAGGAAAAAGUAAAAGUACUGAAUCCGAAGAAGAAUGCGAGGAAGAGGAAGCUGACGAAGUGUUUGGUAAAAGCAAAAAAGGCUUUUCUCGAACACCAACUUUCAAAGACCGAAUAAGAAAAAAGGGCUUUUGUGCAUCUAUGUGGAGAGCUGAAAAACGAUUUAGGUUUUGGGUUAGACACAUGGUUAAAGCACAAUGGUUUUAUUGGUUCGUCAUCGUUCUAGUUUUUUUUAAUACAGUAUUCGUAGCCAUGGAACAUUAUAGACAACCUGAAUAUUUUAAAGACUUUGUUUUUUAUUCGGAAUACGUAUUCCUUAUGUUAUUUAUGAUGGAAAUGGUCAUCAAAAUGUAUGCACUUGGUGUGCGUAUAUACUUCGAGUCUGCUUUCAAUCGGUUUGAUUGUGUGGUAAUCAUGGGCUCCAUAUUUGAAGUCAUUUAUUCCGCUGUGGAGGGUGGCUCCUUUGGUCUAUCUGUAUUGAGAGCUUUGCGACUAUUAAGAAUAUUUAAAGUGACCAAGUAUUGGUCAUCGUUGAGAAAUCUUGUGAUAUCGUUACUAAACUCUAUGAGAUCAAUCAUAUCUUUGCUUUUUCUACUUUUCUUGUUCAUACUAAUAUUUGCGCUGCUUGGUAUGCAGUUAUUUGGUGGACAAUUCAAUUUUGAGGAUGGUACUCCAGCAACCAAUUUCAACACAUUUUCCAUAGCCUUGUUAACAGUCUUUCAGAUUUUAACGGGUGAAGAUUGGAAUGAAGUUAUGUAUCAAGGAAUUCGAAGUCAAUCAGAAACUCAAGGAGGAGGAAUGAUAUAUGCAAUAUAUUUUAUAGUUUUAGUACUGUUCGGUAACUAUACAUUGUUAAACGUGUUCUUGGCUAUUGCUGUCGAUAACUUAGCCAACGCUCAAGAAUUAACAGCUGCUGAAGAAGAACAAGAAGAAGAAGAUAAAGAAAAACAGCAAAUGGAACUCGAAAAAGAGAUGGAAGCCUUACAAAUGAUUACAGAUCCAUCAAAAAUGGCAAUGAUACCUACAUCACCAUCACAAAAUUCUAGUGUUUCACUUAUCAGACAUCAUCGAAAACAUCAUUUUAUUGAACCGGGCACCAAAGAUGAUAUUGAAGAAGAAGAAGAGGAAGAAGAAGGACCAAAACCAAUGUUACCGUAUUCAUCUAUGUUCCUAUUAACGCCAACUAAUGGCAUUAGGAGGGCUGCACAUUGGAUUGUGAAUCUAAGGUAUUUCGACUUUUUCAUCAUGCUUAUUAUUAUUUUAAGUAGCGUAGCACUGGCUGCUGAAGAUCCAAUUGAUGACAAUUCAAAAUGGAAUAAAAAUUUAGAUAUUGUUGAUAAUGUGUUUACAGUAAUUUUCGCAAUAGAAAUGAUAUUAAAGAUAAUUGAUUUGGGAGUUAUAUUACAUCCUGGUUCGUACCUAAGAGAAUUUUGGAAUAUCAUGGAUGCCGUAGUCGUAAUAUGCGCUUUGGCUUCAGUUAUUUUUGAGAGAGGUGGAGGACAAGUGGGAACAAAUUUGUCAACCAUUAAGUCACUCAGGGUUUUGAGAGUACUCCGUCCUCUGAAAACCAUCAAACGAGUUCCUAAACUAAAAGCGGUGUUUGAUUGUGUUGUUAACUCUUUGAAAAACGUUAUAAAUAUAUUAAUAGUGUACAUGUUAUUUCACUUCAUUUUUGCUGUCAUCGCAGUACAAUUAUUCAAUGGAAAGUUCUUCUAUUGUAGUGAUAGCAGUAAAUCAGUUAAUGAUACUUGCAAGGGCUUAUAUUUUAAAUACGAACCAGAAGACAACGAAGAUGUUAACUCCCAGAAGUUCAUGCCCAAAGUCGGAGAACGAAAAUGGGACAAACAAGACUUUUACUACGAUAAUGUAGCAGUAGCCAUGUUAACGUUAUUUGCCGUACAAACGGGCGAAGGAUGGCCUAAAGUGUUGAAAAAUUCUAUGGCUGCCACUGAAGUAGAUGAGGGUCCUAUUCCGAAUUAUCAUAUCGAGAGAUCAUUAUUUUACAUAAUUUAUUUUAUUGUGUUUCCAUUUUUCUUUGUUAACAUAUUCGUGGCGUUGAUUAUUAUAACAUUUCAAGAACAGGGCGAAGCUGAGCUUCAAGAUGGAGAAAUUGAUAAAAAUCAGAAAUCUUGUAUUGAUUUUACCAUACAAGCUAGACCUUUGGAAAGGUAUAUGCCUAAAGAUAGAAAUAGCAUGAAGUACAAAAUAUGGCGAUUGGUAGUUUCUACACCAUUUGAAUAUUUUAUAAUGAUCCUGAUUGUUUUGAAUACUCUGUUACUUAUGAUGAAGUUUUACCAACAAAAACCAAUCUACAAGGCUACGCUACAUUACAUGAACAUGGUGUUUACAGGCAUGUUUACCAUUGAAUGCGUUCUAAAAAUUUUGGCGUUUGGAGUCAGGAAUUUUUUUAAAGAUCCAUGGAAUAUUUUUGACUUUAUCACCGUUAUUGGCAGUAUUGUGGACGCGUUGGUCAUUGAGUUUGGGGAAGACCUCACUUAUGUGUACAGAAUUAUGUUCGAGAAAGAUAUAGUCAAAGAACAAAAAAUGCUGUUCGAGAAGGUUUCGGAGGAAAACUUCAUCAAUGUUGGAUUUCUUCGGUUAUUUCGAGCCGCCAGACUCAUUAAGUUACUCCGACAAGGGUACACGAUACGAAUAUUGUUGUGGACGUUCGUUCAAUCGUUCAAAGCCUUACCAUACGUUUGUCUGCUCAUCGGCAUGUUGUUCUUUAUUUAUGCAAUUAUCGGAAUGCAGAUUUUUGGUAACAUAGCCCUGAAUCCAGAAAAUCAAAUCAACAGGCACAACAAUUUUCAAACGUUUGUGCAAGGGUUAAUGUUACUGUUUCGGUGCGCUACCGGAGAAGCUUGGCCGGAUAUCAUGUUGUCGUGUAUAAAAGGCAAAGAGUGUGCGAGUGGAUCGAAUGGAGCAAACAAACCCAAGAGUUAUGAUUGUGGUUCUAACAUGGCUUACAUGUACUUUGUAUCAUUUAUAUUCUUUUGUUCAUUUUUGAUGUUGAACUUGUUCGUUGCCGUCAUUAUGGACAAUUUUGACUACCUGACAAGAGAUUCGUCCAUUUUAGGUGCUCAUCAUUUAGACGAGUUUGUUCGGAUUUGGGCCGAAUAUGACCCUAAUGCAACGGGGAAAAUUCAUUAUACGGAGAUGUAUGAUAUGCUAAAAAAUAUCGAUCCACCUCUGGGUUUUGGAAACAAGUGUCCAAAUCGUUUGGCGUAUAAAAAACUCAUUCGAAUGAAUAUGCCAGUAGAUCAAGAUGGUAAAGUUCAGUUUACGACAACAUUGUUUGCGCUCAUACGAGAGAAUCUCAGCAUCAAAAUGCGUUGUGCCGAAGAGAUGGAUCAAGCAGAUGAAGAAUUGCGUGAGACUAUUCGACAUAUUUGGCCGUUACAAGCAAGAAAGAUUUUAGAUUUGAUCAUCCCUAGAAUAGACUGUUUAAAUGCUGGUAAGCUAACUGUUGGCAAAAUUUAUGCUGGACUGUUAAUAUUAGAGAGUUGGAAAUCGACAAGAUUCGGACAAAUCGAGUCAACGAAUCCUCAGGACAUUGCAGAACAUAGUUCCCCAGAGCCGCAUUCGUCAUUCUUUACCUGCCUGAUGGAGGCGGCCGGUGCAUCGAAUUGGAACGCUGAAAGAGGACAAGACGAGGAUGAAAACAGCUGUCUACUUACAAGAAACAACUCAAAAAACAGGUCUAAAAAGGUGAUGGAGCUGACAGAUGUAGUGAUUUCAUCUCGAAGACCAUCCGAUGAUUCCAACUCCGAUGGCCAUCAGCCUCAAAAUCAGACCAUGCACUUGCAUCCUGGGUACAGACAACAAAGGUCACGGUCACCGAGCAUUCGGAGAGAAAGAAGAACUCCUUCCCCAACCAGGAGAUAUCAUCUAUCUUCUCAUGGUCAUCACUAUCACCACAGUCAACAUCCUCACGAGGUUGGCUUUAGUGAUACCGUGUCUAAUGUGGUCGAAAUGGUCAAACAAGAGCAUCGUCGACAUCCUAGAGGUUCUUGGUCGGCAUCAACCAGCCCUGUGCGGUCACCAAGUCCAGAUAGGUCAGAGAGCGGUCGAACCUACUACGGUACUACGAGCUUAGAUCAGCGUUCGCGUUCGCCAUCACCAGUAUCAACGACGGGAAGUGGUCGACAGCAGGCGCAGCAGCCGUCUCAACCUUCGGUAAUCAGGCAGCACGCUCACCAUCACCCAUCGGCGUCGUCACAACCGUCGAUGAUGAUGAUGAUGCCACCGCCGUCACUGUUGGUCAAUAGUAGUUACCCAGUGUUAGCCGUAGCCGGUUGCAAUCGCCGCCGAUUACCGGCCACGCCGAAUAAACCGUCGUCACUUCAGUUGAGGCCACCGCAUUCGGCGUCCAUAAAUUUUCCCAAGCUGAAUGCGUCGCCCACGCGUGGUUCACCGGCAUCUCUCCCAAAACCGUCGUCACUAAACCGACAAAGUAGCAUCGCAAUGACCGCCAUGCCUCCAUUGAGCUUUGAACAGGCCAUGUCGAUUGGACGCAGUGGUCGGCUACUACCGUCGCCGGUGCGUAACGGUUUUACAAAAACGAGACGAGCCGCUACGGUGGCCACGGCGUUCAACAAAAGCCGAGGGUCUGGUGGACGUCACAGCGAUUCGGAUGAAGACGAUUGGUGCUAACCCUUGCUGUCCGGUAGCAGCGGCCGGCCCCAACCAACGUCGCCGCCGUCAUCGUUUUCGUUGUCAGGCUCAGCGACACAAUGAAAUCACCAACUCCGCUGCCACCGCCGUUAUCAUCACCGGGUUCAAAAAUAAUGUCGUUAUUGUGUUUUUAUCGUAAUCGUUGUUGUUUUGUUUACAUUUUGUCAACAUUAUCUAUAAAAAAUAUUUUGUAUAUUUUUUAACUUUUAAUCAUUAUCAUAUUUUUAAUCAUCGAAAGUCACUGGACUUAUUAUAGCCAAUAUAUUUCGCUUGCUUCGAACGUUUUUAUACAAAUAUUUGCAUAAGAUUCAACUCCUUCUUUUGAAUUAUUUUUGAAUUCUAUUUUUAAAGCAUAAAAACUCAUGUCAUAACUAUAAUUUUCUACAUUUUAUUUCUGUCAAAUUUUAAAAUUACCCAAAAGAACUCAAAUGUAAAAAUCGAUUAAGUCAUAACUUUUUUAUUAUAAAAGCGUUUAAAUUUGAAUUUGAAUAGGUUAAACUUAAUUCAAACAAAAAUAUUUUUCAAGAAUAGUUGGUCGAACAAACUUUAAAAUCUUAAUACGAAUUUCGCUUUAGUCCAAAGUACAAAAAAAAAUGCGUCGAUAAUGAAAUGUAAAAAUUUAGAUUAAGCUGUAAUGAAACACGCUUUUUUCAAAAUUUUUUUUGUUAAAUUGGUGAUAAUGAAAUUUACUGUUUGAUAAAUGUGAACACAAAACACAACGGUUGGA